UUUUGCAAAUUCAAAUUAUGCGUAUUAACUUGCUUAAAGAGUACGUAUGUACUUGUGUAAUGCAUCACUAAACAUCGAAUACUUUUAAAGCAAUGCCGUGACGUUAAUAAUUUCAAGGGUGACUGGCACAGGAAGAAGAAUCAGGCAAGAACUUCGUGCAGGAAUGUAAAAGAUAGCGCUAUGAACGGCAGUAUAGAUAACUAAAAUUACACCGUGUCUACAUAGAACAACGUCUACAUUUGUCUACUUGCAGGAAAGAGUCUUAUGAACGAAGAUUCGGUUAUUUGCGCUGAACGAGUAUUUUCGAGAAUCGAGAAUUAUUGGCGAACUUGUUCCACGGUCCUGGUUGGUAUUUCGCAAAAUGGAGAACGACGUGAAAGUUAUUGUGAAAUGGGGCGGGAAAGAGUAUGAAAUUUGUGAUUUGACUGAGACUGAUACAGUUUCUACCCUGAAAAAUGCAAUACAUAAAGAAACUGGCGUGCUACCAGAAAGGCAAAAAUUACUGAACUUGAAGUUAAAAGGAAAGACACCAGAAGAUGAUUGUCAGCUAUCAACUUUGAAACUAAAACCUGGUUUCAAGGUAAUGAUGAUGGGUUCCCUAGAAAAAGAUAUAGAGGAUGCAUUAGCCCCACCAGAAAAUAUGCCUGAAGUUAUCAAUGAUCUAGAUUUUGAAGAAGAGGAAGAAGUUUCUGUUGAAAAUAAAGAAGUGCAUUUAGCCAAGAUUGAAAAACGAGUUCGUGAAUAUCAUAUCAAUAUAUUCAAUGAACCAAGACCAGGAAAAAAAUUACUAGUUUUGGAUAUAGAUUACACGUUGUUUGACCAUCGAUCUGUUGCUGAAACUGGCUAUGAACUCAUGAGACCAUAUCUUCAUGAGUUUUUGACAUCUGCUUAUCAGAAUUAUGACAUUGUUAUAUGGUCUGCUACCAGCAUGAAAUGGAUUGAGGAAAAAAUGAAACUGUUAGGUGUGUCACAGCAUCCUGCUUACAAAAUUAUGUUUUAUUUGGAUAGUGUAGCUAUGAUAACAGUUCAAACUCCAAAAUAUGGACUAGUCCAGGUUAAACCUCUUGGAGUAAUAUGGGGCAAGUUUGAUCAGUAUUCACCUCGAAACACCAUCAUGUUUGAUGAUAUUCGACGGAACUUCUUAAUGAAUCCAGCAAAUGGAUUGAAAAUUCGCCCAUUUAAACAUGCACAUCUGAAUCGAGAUAAAGACAACGAAUUGCUGAGGUUAGCCAAGUAUCUUCAACUUAUUGCUGGUGAAGAGGACCUGAGCAGCCUCGAUCACAGAAACUGGGAAAAGUAUCGCCCGAAGCACAAGAGGAAAGAGAGGUCGCAGAGUCGUGGAUCCGGCGAUCCUCCAGAUGGGACGGCGAGUUAGUGCUACCUUUCGGUGACAUGACUGAAGUUGGAAGGAUUUCUCCCAAGUGUACUUUUGAGAUUCAUCUCUGUUCUGCAUAGGUCAAGUGUUCUUGUGCUUUUCGUAAGGUUUUAAUAUUUGUAACAUCGAUCUGUAUUUGUGAUUGGUGAGUUGAUGCAUGUUGAUAUUCAAGAAGUCUGUUAUUGUACUUGCUGAAACACAAUAUUUAGUUUAGAAAUGGUGGAAAACUCUUGAUUGUAUCAUGUGAACAACGUACAAACUUGAAUGAAAGCAAUGACAUUAUUUUUCAGAGUAGUUUUGAGCAAAAAAAAGUAAUUGUGCAUUUUCUGGAGAAUGUGAGUUAAUUGUUUCCUUGAUGUGUGGGUCCAUAAUUGCCAGAUGCAAAAAGUUGCCCUGCAAGCCUUUGUAGUGUACAUUUCAUCACAACAAAAUGUGCAGUUAGCAAUCGUUAAUUUAUUUGCAGUUAUGAUGCAUAUCAGAGGCUCUGGGAAGACAAUUAGGGUUUUCUUAGCUAAUAUUUUUAGAGAGUGAGAGCAUCAGCAGAACAAAAUGAACUUUAUCUCCUUAAAUGCAUAUUAUGUAUAAUAUUUAAAUAAGAAAAAAUAAGACUUUAGAAAAAUAGCUUAUUUUAGUGCUUAAUAACAUUGUAGCAAUAUUCAUUAAAAUUCUGUGCCUCAUUCCUUUUUGGUAUGUCAUAAAAGUGUAGUUAAAUAUUAGAUCACGCCAGAACUAUGAAGUAAAUGUUUCCCAUGUUUUUUUGAUCACAAUGAGCCACUGUUAUGUAAUAAUUCAUUACUUUUAGGAUAAAGACAUCCAAUUUGUUGACACAUGGCUUCUAGAAUCUUUUGUUGUAACUUUUGUAUAGUUUUCACAAGCAUUACAUCUCUAAUAAACAAAUGUAUACAUGAAUUACUCUUAUUAAAUGUCCAAUUCUAAUCCAGUUUCAUGUACUACCC